AUGAAGGUCACUAUCGCCGCUGUCGCCGCUCUGGCUACCUCUGUCGUCGCCAUCCCCGCCUGGGGUGAUGAGACCACCACUACCACUACCACCACCGUCAAGACCACCACCACCACCAAGCCUGUCGCCGCUUCUUCCACCACUGUUUGGGAUGACUGGACCUCCACCACCACCACCACCACCAAGAAGGCCGCUGUCACUACUACCACCACCCCGGCGGCAGCGACCACCACUUGGGCUGAUUGGGAAGAGCCAGACUCCUGGACCACUACCAUCGUGACCGCCAUCACCACCUUCUGUCCGGGACCCACUGAGAUCGUGCACUUUGGCAAGACCUGGACUGUCAGCACUGCCACUACCUUGACCAUCACCGACUGCCCUUGCACUGUGUCCGUCCCUGUGUUCACCAAGACCUCAACCUCUUGCAGCACGACCCCCACUGCUCCUGCUCCAGGUGUUUGGACCUCAUCUGCUGUCCCAGUGUCCCCUGCCACCACCACCAGCGCUCCCGCCUGGGGCUCGACCUCCGUCAAGCCUGCCGCCGCUACCUACACUGGCGCUGCCAACGCCCUCGUUGCCAACGUUGGCGCUGGUCUUGCUGGUGUCGGUGCCAUCGCCGCUUUCCUCCUAUAA